GCACCUUGACCACCAAAGACCAGCUUAAACCACCUGAAACCUAAGCUAGAUUUUAAGUAGGGAGAUUUGUGGUGCACCAGGAAAAUCUUUCAGCCAUACAUUGCUAGGCUACCUAAACAAUAGUCUACAUACCGUCAAUAAAAGCCUUUAAACGCUGAAAAACACUGCCAAACUCACUCACUCACACGCCUCCUCCUCCACCAUGCUGAAGGCUUCCACUGGUGUGGUAAUCCUCGUCUGAAAAAGGCCCAGGAGUUUCGGGGUGGCACGCCGCGGCCAGAAGCUGCCACAUUACUCCUCAUAAGACUCUGCUACAGCACCUGGACACAGAGACAGAAAAGAGGACAGCACACUCAGUGCUGCCAGCAGUGCUGCCACUGAAAGUUUGGGACGUGUUUUUAGGGUUUUCCCCCACAUACAGUGCAACUGAGAAGAGCAUUGUGUGUGUGUGUCCUACUGGAGGGAAGAGAGCAUCAAACCUCUGUGUCUGGCUCAUUGGAUCCCUUUGAUAUACUGAUACAUCUGUUUGAUCCUUGAGCCAGCACAAUGAGUGCAGAAACUGGAAAGGACUACUACGACUACUCGGACUGGUAUGAAAAUGCACUACCUACCAAGCCUCCAAUUGAAGUUAUCCCACCAUGUGACCCCACAGCUGAUGAUGGCCUCUACCACAUAUGCAUUGCAGCCAUAUCUUUGGUGGUUAUGCUGAUCCUGGCGGUUCUGGCAAGACGACAGAAAGUUGGUGAUAGUCUGAAAGGAGUUCCUGGUUUAUUAAGCCCAGUAAAUUUCCUGGACCAUACGCAGCACAAAGGCCUGUCAGUGGCAGUGUUUGGGGUGCUUUUCUGCAAAAUCAUUGGACUGGUCCUAGCCUCCAACCCACUACCCUUUACCAAGGACACACAAUACAAAGAAUACUGGCUGAUCCUGGCUCUGUUCUACUACCCUGCUUUGUACUAUCCUUUGCUAGCCUGUGGCACACUCCACAAUAAGGUGGGCUAUGUGCUGGGCAGCCUGCUGUCAUGGACACAUUUUGGAGUCCUCGUCUGGCAGAAAGUGGACUGUCCCAAAACACCACAGAUAUAUAAGUACUAUGCCCUGUUCAGCAGCCUGCCCCAGAUUGCCUGCUUGGCCUUUCUCAGUUUCCAGUAUCCUCUACUCCUGUUCAAGGGCUUAAAGGGUACAGAGAAAACUAACGCGUCAGAGGACCUUAAGAGCAGCUACUACAGAGACUACGUAAAGAAGAUCCUUAAAAAGAAGAAGCCAUCACAAGCCAGUUCUAGGCCAAAGCUGUCUGAGCGAAUCUCUGAUGCUUUCAAGUCUUAUAUUUACACACCUGAAGAAGUUUUUAGGUUUCCUCUGAAAUUAGCCAUCUCUCUGGUUGUGGCGUUUAUUGCACUUUAUCAGAUGGCACUCUUGCUGGUCACUGGAAUAGUGCCCACUCUCCAGAUUGUCCGGAGAGGAGUGGAUGAAGACAUUGCGUUUCUCCUGGCUGGAUUCAACAUUCAUCUGUCGGAUGACCGCAAAGAGGUGGUCAAAAUAGUGGUGCACUACAUGUGGUGUGUUGAGGUGUGCUACGCCUCGGCUGUCACCCUGUCCUGCUUGGUCAAUCUGACCAUGUUUAUGAGGUCCAUGGUCCUGCACAGGUCCAAUCUUCGGGGGCUGUACAGAGGAGACAUCUACAAUGUGUAUAACUGCCAGAGGAAUAUAAGGCCUUCACGUCCUGCACUGGUCUGCUGGAUGGGCUUCACCAGUUACCAAGCUGCAUUUAUUUGUCUAGGCAUGAUUAUUCAGACUCUAGUGUUCUUCAUCUGCCUGCUAUUCGGUGUAUUCCUUGUCAUCAUUCCCAUCUUUUACGGAAAGAACAUGUUGCUGUUCCAUGUCAUCGGCAGGAUGUGGCCCUUCUGGUUGAUGUUGUUCUUGGUUGGGCUUAUCCAGCACCUUACAUCCAGGUUCUUGUUCAUCAAGAAGGAAGCUGGAACAAGAGACCUUACCAACAGGGGUAGUCUGUUCCUUCUGACCUACCUGCUCUUCCCAGUCAAUAUCCUGGUGGGUGCGCUUUUGGGCAUUUGGAGAUUGGUGAUCACAGCUCUUUUCAACAUUGUCCAUUUGGGCCGUUUGGACAUCAGCCUCCUCAACCGCAAUGUAGAGGCUUUCGACCCAGGCUACCACUGCUAUGCUCAUUACCUGAAGAUUGAGGUCAGCCAGUCUCACCCGGUGAUGAAGGCCUUCUGUGGGCUGCUGCUUCAGGCUCCAGGUCAGGACAAGGGCUCUGGACAGGCCGUGCGGGAUGCUGAAGAAGGAAUCCAGCUUGUCUCACAGGACAAGAAACAAAACAAACCAGUUUCUAAUGGUAAACGGGCACGUGGACACUGGCAUCUCCUCUAUACUCUGGUCAACAAUCCGUCCUUGGUGGGAUCCAGGAAGCACUUCCAGAGGCAGAGCUCAGAGAGCUUCAUCAACGGAACCCUGAACAGAAGCUCUAAAGAAGGCAGCAAAAUGGAGGGUGGCGCCACAGAGGCCAGCAAAGAGGCAGAAGGAGCUGCCACUAACUAAGGACAGAUUCUGUUAACACAGAGAAACAGACCCCAUUCACCCCCAACCACCAGGCUCUCUCUAUACUUUAUAUUGGUUAUCAGCCAGAUAAUGAUGAUAGUAUUACUUAUCUCUGUGUAGAAGUGAACUGCAUCUGUUCUGGAAAAGUGCCCUUACAGCUUAUAGUGCCUCAGGAAGAACUGCAGAAUGUCUUUUUGUUUGUCUGGACGGAUGGAUGCAUGAUGUCCUUCCUUUGUGUGUUUUUGCUUGAUUAUUUUUUCAUGUACUUUUUUUCUUUUUUGCCCAGUUAAUACAUCUAUCAUGAAAUUUAGCACUGCACUGAACUGCCCACUCCUAAAAAUAAAAUGUGCUUAAUUUUUUGAGUGACGCUAUAGAAGAACCACUUUUAGUUCCAUUAAAAAAAACAUGUUUGUAAUGGAGUUUAAGGUCUAGUAAACCAUCACUGUCUGUUGUUUUUGUUAUGUAUGAGUUUGACUGAAAUGUGUGAGUGUGAAGUACCUUUUAAAAAUCUUCUAAAAUAAGUUCACUUGAUGUUUCACUUAAUUAUUUGCCAAUUUUCUACACCUGUAACAAACAUGGUUCUUCUUCUUUAACAAAAAGUGGUUCUUCUUUGGCAUCAUCAUUGCCAAAAAACAACAA